AUGUUGAAGAGCGCAUCGAGAAGCUUGAAGAGCACCGCAGAGGUUGGAAUUUUCCAUCUGCGGGCGGCUAAGCUCGGGUUGUCGGUGGAUGUUCAGGUGGGCACCCAUCUGAUGAGUUCAUACUCAAAAUGCGGCUGCUUGGAAUCCGCGUGUAAGCUGUUCGGUGAAAUGCCCCACAGGAACACCGUCAGCUGGACCGUCCUCAUCACAGGCUUCUCCGACAUCAGGCAAUUCUCUCAGGCAUUGGGGAUUUUCUCCCAGAUGCUGAAUGAUGGGGCCUUGCCGAACUGCGUCACUCUGGCCAGCGCCUUCAGGUGCUGUGCCGGGAGUAGGGAUGUGACGCGCGGCAAGGGCCUGCAUGGUUGGAUUCUGAGGAACGGAGUAGGACCAGAUGCUAUUUUGGGUAACUCCAUGGUCGAUUUUUAUGCGAAGUGCGGCGAUUUCCAUCACGCAGCCACAGUGUUCGACUCAAUGCCUGACAGAGACCGCGCGUCGUGGAAUAUAAUGAUUGGAGCGCAUCUACAGACCGGGGACGUUCAAGGAUCGGUUGAGUUGUUCAAGAAAUUAUCCUUUCGGGAUGUUGUGAGCUGGAACACGCUCAUCAAUGGCCAAAUUCAAAACGGCUGCCAUAAGAUGGCGUUGGAAUUUCUCUAUCAGAUGGCAGAAGCUGGUCCAGCCUUUAGCCACUUCACUUUCUCAAUAGCUCUGUCUCUCGUUGGCACUCUUUCUAUGCCAGAAUUAGGGAGACAGAUUCACGGUAAGCUUUUACGCUCGCAGGCUGGCCUCGACGGGUUCAUCAGAAGCUCACUUGUAGAUAUGUACGGCAAAUGUGGUAAUAUGGAAUCUGCAUCCACCGUCUUUAGCAACAUCAGAGACCCAUUAAAUACGAUUUCCUGGAGCUCCAUGGUGGCCGGGUAUGUUCAUAACCAGAGGCAUGGAGAAGCCCUCAGCUUCUUCCAAAGGAUGUUAGAUGAACAUGUCGAGGUCGACUUGUACACUCUGACGAGCAUUGCCACUGCCUGUUCCCAUUUGGGAAUUCUAGCUCAAGGGAGGCAGAUCCAUGCCUUUGCAGAGAAACUGGGGCAUGCUUCUGACAUCUAUUUAUCAGCUGCAAUCACCGACAUGUAUGGAAAAUGCGGAAGCUUGGAAGAUGCUCGAGCAGUGUUUGAGAAAGCUAACAAGGGCAAUCUCGUGUUGUGGACCUCAAUGAUAGCUUCUUAUGCCUCUCACGGCCGGGGGAGGGAAGCCAUUCAGGCUUUUGAACUGUUGCUGGAGAAUAAGAUAAGCCCAAACGAGGUGACCUUUGUCAGUGUCCUGUGUGCUUGCAGCCAUGCAGGACUAGUGAGAGAAGGAUACGAGUAUUUGAGGAUGAUGAGAGAGGACUUCGGGCUUGUCCCAGGCGUCGAGCACCUCACUUGUGUGGUUGAUCUCCUUGGAAGAGCGGGCCUCGUAGAGGAAGCGAGGAACUUCAUUUGUGAGAAUAAUAUUUCCAAUGUGAGCGCUUCAUGGAAGACAUUGCUGUCGGCAUGCCGACUCCAGGGCAAUGUGGAUAUGGCAAGAUUCGCUUCUGAGCAGCUGGUAAAGCUGGAGCCUUUUGAUGCCGGGUCUUACUUACUAUUAUCGAAUAUUUAUUCGACCACCCGCCAGUGGGCCGAUGCUUCCAGAAUCAGGAGGAAAAUGGAGGAAAAUGGAGUCCGGAGCCACCCAGGAAUGUCUUGGAUCCAGCUGAAGAACAGCGUCCAUAUGUUCAUCGCCGGAGACCGGUCUCACCCACAAACGGAAGAGAUACAUUCUUGCUUGAGUAAACUAAUUCCGAGGUUGAAAGGAACGGAUUUCCACAAUGAGCUGAACCUGGUGCUUCAGGGUGUGGGGGAAGAACAAAGCAAGAGGUCCUACUAA